AUGGGCCUACAGGCCUCAUGGCUCACAGGGGCCAUCCAGGAGUGGUGGACACACGGGAACCCUCCUAGGUGCUGCGACGCCCCCCAGGGUGCCCCCAGUGGCGUGAGGGGUGCCCCAGGGGCCCUCACUUGGCAUCAGCGGCAUCUCAGGCGCAUUCUCAGGAGCAAUGGGACCCCGGUGCCCCAGUGGCGACGUGCCCCGGGGCGCUCGCAACAUCAGCGGCAUCUCAGGCGCAUUCUCGGGGGCAACGGCACCCCAGUGACCCUGACUGGAGCAGCUGAUCCCGCAGGGACCAACCCAGGGGCAGCGCUGGCCCCCAGGGACCAUCCAGAGACGGUUCAAGGGGCGGUGGCGCACCAGAACUCUCCCAGGGGUCGGUGGCGCGCCAGGAGUCCCUCCCAGGGCGGUGUGGUGCACCUGGGGUCCCUCUCGUGGAAGAGUAGUGCUCAGGGACCAUUCCAGGGGAAACAGAGCCUCAGGGACCAUCACAGAGACCCUCCCGGGGCGGCACCUCAAAGGACACUCCCAGGGGCAUCCACACCACCAGAGACCUUUCGAGGGGACGUUGGUGCCCAGAGACCUUUUAGAGGGUGCCCCAGGCGACGCUUGGUACUAAGGGGCCCUCGCAACAUCAGCGGCAUCUCGGCAUUCUCAGGAGCUGUAUGGGACCCCAGUGACCCUGACUGGGCAGCGGAUCGGAGGGACCAACCCAGGGGGCAGCGCGGCCCCCAGGAACCAUCCAGAGAGCACGGUUCAAGGGGGCGAGUGGCGCGCAAGGAACUCUCCCAUGGUCGGUGGCGCGCCCAGGAGUCCCUCCCAGGGGCGGUGGUGCACCUGGGGUCCCUCUCAUUUGGAAGAGGUGCUCAGGGACCAUUCCGGGAAACAGAGCCUCAAGGGACCAUCCCAGGGCCCUCCAGGGAAGGCGGCACCUCAAAGGAUACUCCCAGGCAUCACACCCCAGAGACCAUUCCGGGGACGCCUGGCGCUCCCAGGGCCCAUCCCGGGGGUGGUGGACACCCCAGGAACCCUCUAGGUGCCGUGACGCCCCAGGGGUGCCCCCAGUGGCGACGGUGCCCCCCGGGGCGCUCACCCAACAUCAGCGGCAUCCUCAGGCGCAUUCUCAGGAGCAACGGGACACAGCCUAGCGCUCCCAGGGGCCAUCCCAGGAGUGGUGGACACCCCAGGAACCCUCCUAGGUGCCGCGACGCCCCCAGGGUGCCCCCCAGAUGCGACCGGGCCCCCAGGGGCCCUCGCAACAUCAGCGGCAUCCUCAGGCGCAUUCUCAGGAGCAAUGGGACCCCAGUGACCCUGACUGGAGCAGCGGAUCCCGGAGGGACCAACCCAGGGGCAGCGCAGCCCCCAGGGACCAUCCCAGAGACGGGUCAAGGGGCAGUGGCGCACCAGGAACUCUCCCAUGGUCGGUGGCGCGCCCAGGAGUCCCUCCCAGGGGCGGUGGUGCAUCUGGGGUCCCUCUCAUUGGAAGAGGAGUGCUCAGGGAUCAUUCCAGGCGAAACAGAGCCUCCAGGGACCAUCACAGAGACCCUCCCAGGGAAGGCGGCACCUCAAAGGACACUCCCAGGGGCAUCCACACCACCAGAGACCUUUCCGGGGACGUUAGUGCCCCCAGAGACCUUCUUAGAGGUCCGAGCGGGCCCUAUGCGACCGGACCCCAGGGGCCCUCGCAACAUCAGCGGCAUCCUCAGGCGCAUUCUCAGGAGCAAUGGGACCCCAGUGACCCUGACUGGAGCAGCGGAUCCCGGAGGGACCAACCCAGGGGCAGCGCAGCCCCCAGGGACCAUCCCAGAGACGGGUCAAGGGGCAGUGGCUCACCAGGAACUCUCCCAUGGUCGGUGGCGCGCCCAGGAGUCCCUCCCAGGGGCGGUGGUGCACCUGGGGUCCCUCUCAUUGGAAGAGGAGUGCUCAGGGACCAUUCCAGGGGAAACAGAGCCUCCAGGGACCAUCACAGAGACCCUCCCAGGGAAGGCGGCACCUCAAAGGACACUCCCAGGGGCAUCCACACCACCAGAGACCUUUCCGGGGACGUUAGUGCCCCCAGAGACCUUCUUAGAGGUCCGAGCGGGCCCUAUGAGUGCCCCCCAGUGGCGACUGGGCCCCCAGGGGCCCUCGCAACAUCAGCGGCAUCCUCAGGCGCAUUCUCAGGAGCAAUGGGACCCCAGUGACCCUGACUGGAGCAGCGGUUCCCGGAGGGACCAACCCAGGGGCAGCGCAGCCCCCAGGGACCAUCCCAGAGACGGGUCAAGGGGCAGUGGCGCACCAGGAACUCUCCCAUGGUCGGUGGCGCGCCCAGGAGUCCCUCCCAGGGGCGGUGGUGCACCUGGGGUCCCUCUCAUUGGAAGAGGAGUGCUCAGGGACCAUUCCAAGGAAGCAGAGCCUCCAGGGACCAUCCCAGAGACCCUCCCAGGGAAGGCAGCACCUCAAAGGAUACUCCCAGGGGCAUCCACACCCCCAGAGGCCAUUCCGGGGACGUUAGUGCCCCCAGAGACCUUCUUAGAGGUCCCAGUGGGCCCUAUGGCAUGCUUGGUGCCCCCCAGUGGCGACGGUGCCCCCCGGGGCGCUCGCAACAUCAGCGGCAUCCUCAGGCGCAUUCUCAGGAGCAACGGGACCCCAGUGACCCUGACUGGAGCAGCUGAUCCCGCAGGGACCAACCCAGGGGCAGCGCAGCCCCCAGGGACCAUCCCAGAGACGGUUCAAGAGGCAGUGGCGCACCAGGAACUCUCGCAGGGUGAAACAGAGCCUCCAGGGACCAUCACAGAGACCCUCCCAGGGAAGGCGGCACCUCAAAGGACACUCCCAGGGGCAUCCAUACCACCAGAGACCUUUCCGGGGACGUUAGUGCCCCCAGAGACCUUUUUAGAGGUCCGAGCGGGCCCUAUGGCAUGCUUGCCUAGCGCUCCCAGGGGCCAUCCCAGGAGUGGUGGACACCCCAGGAACCCUCCUAGGUGCUGCGACGCCCCCAGGGUGCCCCCCAGUGGCGACCGGGCCCCCAGGGGCCCUCGCAACAUCAGCGGCAUCCUCAGGCGCAUUCUCAGGAGCAUUGGGACCCCAGUGACCCUGACUGGAGCAGUGGAUCCCGGAGGGACCAACCCAGGGGCAGCGCAGCCCCCAGGGACCAUCCCAGAGACGGGUCAAGGGGCAGUGGCGCACCAGGAACUCUCCCAUGGUCGGUGGCGCGCCCAGGAGUCCCUCCCAGGGGCGGUGGUGCACCUGGGGUCCCUCUCAUUGGAAGAGGAGUGCUCAGGAACCAUUCCAGGGGAAACAGAGCCUCCAGGGACCAUCACAGAGACCCUCCCAGAGAAGGCGGCACCUCAAAGGACACUCCCAGGGGCAUCCACACCACUAGAGACCUUUCCGGGGACGUUAGUGCCCCCAGAGACCUUCUUAGAGGUCCGAGCGGGCCCAAUGGCAUGCUUGGUGCCCCCCAGUGGCGACGGUGCCCCCCGGGGCGCUCGCAACAUCAGCGGCAUCCUCAGGCGCACUCUCAGGAGCAAUGGGGCCCCAGUGACCCUGACUGGAGCAGCUGAUCCCGCAGGGACCAACCCAGGGGCAGCGCAGCCCCCAGGGACCAUCCCAGAGACGGUUCAAGGGGCAGUGGCGCACCAGGAACUCUCCCAGGGUCGAUGGCGCGCCCAGAAGUCCCUCCCAGGGGCGGUGGUGCACCUGGGGUCCCUCUCAUUGGAAGAGGAGUGCUCAGGGACCAUUCCAAGGAAGCAGAGCCUCCAGGGACCAUCCCAGAGACCCUCCCAGGGAAGGCGGCACCUCAAAGGAUACUCCCAGGGGCAUCCAAACCCCCAGAGACCUUUCCGGGGACGCCUAGCGCUCCCAGGGGCCAUCCCAGGAGUGGUGGACACCCCAGGAACCCUCCUAGGUGCCGCGACGCCCCCAGGGUGCCCCCCCAGUGGCGACGGUGCCCCCAGGGGCCCUCGCAACAUCAGCGGCAUCCUCAGGCGCAUUCUCAGGAGCAAUGGGACCCCAGUGACCCUGACUGGAGCAGCGGAUCCCGGAGGGACCAACCCAGGGGCAGCGCAGCCCCCAGGGACCAUCCCAGAGACGGUUCAAGGGGCAGUGGCGCACCAGGAACUCUUCCAUGGUCGGUGGCGCGCCCAGGAGUCCCUCCCAGGGGCGGUGGUGCACCUGGGGUCCCUCUCAUUGGAAGAGGAGUGCUCAGGGAUCAUUCCAGGGGAAACAGAGCCUCCAGGGACCAUCACAGAGACCCUCCCAGGGAAGGCGGCACCUCAAAGGACACUCCCAGGGGCAUCCACACCACCAGAGACCUUUCCGGGGACGUUAUUGCCCCCAGAGACCUUCUUAGAGGUCCAAGCGGGCCCUAUGAAUGCGAUCAUAUUGGUGUAA